UUUUAGUAGCUACAUAUGUGAUCUGCAGUAAAUAAUACGCAGUUUGACCCCCCUCCCCUCCAACACAGCAGUGCAUCUGCGUGCGAAAGUGCGUCUCCGAAUUGUUCCUGGGUACUCGAAGGAGCGUCUCGGAAUAUCUUUUGUCGCUCAGCUGAGUGUUGGAGCGCUCACUAUCUCGAGACAACACAAAACGUGCACGAUCGGAGGGUUUCGCUAUUCGUCUCUAGAUAUAGAUGAGCCUCAGUUUUCAAUCUUGUCGAAUGAUGGCAGGGAGAAAGUGCCUGUAUAUAUUAUUAUUAGAUCUAUGUCUCCUGACUUCCUUUGUGCCUGUGUUCGUUACGGCGGUUCAGAUGACCAUCGAGAGGACGCUGGUCAACGCCGCAGACGACCCAGAGGCCUUGAACUUUCUCCAGACGACCAAUGAUGGCAACGUGUCAGUGUUGACGGAACUCGACCUGGCCAUGAGUAAAGAAGAGUACAGUAAGAUGCACAGUUCUACCACCAGGGGCAAGCGGAAAGCUGUCAGAGACAGGGAAUAUUUGUGGAAGGAAGCUCAAGUCUAUUAUGAGAUCUCGCCGGAGCUGAAGCCCAACGCCAGUAUCAUUAAGGCUGCUUUAGGGGAGUGGACCAGAUAUGUAUGUUUUCAGUUCAUAGAGUGGGAAUACCCGUAUAUGGUGAAGUUUGAGCUGUCGAAUAAGUGUCAGUCCGCGGUAGGUCAACAACCUUGGCAGAAACAACCUCAAAAGAUUGAGCUGGCCCCGAGAUGUCUUAACAAAGGUACAAUAAUCCACGAAGUGGGCCACGCCAUUGGCUUGAUUCAUGAACACAUGAGACCUGACAGAGACAAAUAUAUCAAAAUUCACACGGACAGAAUCGAUGAAGACUAUCGCGGUAACUAUAAGAAAUACAGUUCUUCUCUCAUCGAUACAUACGAUGUCCCGUACGAUUACAUGAGCAUCAUGCAUUACGGAUCUUGGAUUCUUGGGCCGAUUACCACACUGGAUCCUUCCUAUCAGUUCAAAAUCGGCCAGCGCGAUUACUUAUCAUUUAGCGACAUUAAGCUGGCCAACUUGAUGUAUCAGUGUCCUAUAUUGUGUGAGGUAAUGUUAAGAUAUCCUGUAAAAGACUGCCCUGAAGAAGGAAUACAGCUCUAUCAUUCUCCGAAAUCCCCCGUUUGUGAAUGCUGGUGUGACUCAGGCAGACUUGAAGACCCCCUCGUGCUGUGUUCGGAGAAAUAUGGGACCCCGACACCGUCACCUCCAACCACCACUGACGGCACCACGGCUGAGGAUACCACGGAAGAGGAAAAGACGACAGCAACAUCGGAAAAGACGACAGCAACAGCAGAUUCGCGGCCUUCACUCGCUGACACAGACACCAUGACGUUGAGACUGGGCGCUGAACCACGUUGGACGAUCCCGUUCCCAGAGUGUGGAGAUGCCAGGGACGACUGUGUGGAACUGAAGGAAAAAGGCUAUUGCAGGUCCAAAGUGGAGGCCAUGCUGCGCUUUUGCCCGACGACUUGCGACUUUUGUGGAAAGGACAAAGAUCUGUGCAUGGACAGAGAGAAAGGGUGCCGGGCGGGGGCGGCUGCAGGCUGGUGUGAAGAUACAG